UCUUCCCUGAAAACGAUCCCAAACUUACUUGCUAUUGCAAGACUGCAGAAGUAGCGUUUCUCCAUCAAAACAAUUCAAUCUCUUUCGUGGGAAGGAUCUGAAGAUCCAAUUCUACCCAAAUCUUUCUGGGUUUCACUUCUCUUUCUGCAAAAUCAAAUCUGACCCAUUUCAUUUCGUCAAUCAAGAAUGGAACCAGAUGUAAGCAUUGAAACUAGUUGUAUGAUCCGUAUUGCUGUCCUUCCGAUCGGACCAAUCCCUUCAUCUCUUUUCAGAGAUUAUGCUUCAAUGUUGAUCCGACACAGUAAGAUCGAACUAUCCACCAUUAGUUCAUUCUACACAGAACAUCAGAAGAGCCCUUUUACAAAUCAACCAUGGGAUUCCGGAAGCAUUCGAUUCAAGUUCAUGGUUGGUGGAUCUCCUCCUAGCCCUUGGGAGGAUUUUCAAUCGAACCGUAAAAUACUAGCUGUGAUUGGUAUCUGUCACUGUCCGUCUUCCCCCGAUCUUGAUUAUGUUCUCGAUCUCUUCUCCAGUGCGUGUAAGGGAUACUCUUCUGCCCUCGUCCGCAGAUGUUUUGCUUUUUCUCCUGGUGAUUCUCAGCUAGAAGAUGGCAGUAGAAAAGGAGAUAACUUGAUCCUGUUUCCACCAGCUGACAGACAAACACAAGAGUUUCAUUUAUACACUAUGAUGCAAGACAUUGCUGCCUCGUUGCUGAUGGAAUUUGAAAAGUGGGUUCUUGGAGCAGAAUCCAAUGGGGCUAUUUUGAAGACACCUUUAGAUUCUCAAGCUAGUCUCAACUCAGAGGAGGUGAUCAAGGCAAAAAAGCGUAGACUUGGUCGUGCACAGAAAACAAUAGGAGACUAUUGUUUGUUGGCGGGAUCACCUGUUGAUGCCAAUGCCCAUUACUCUACAGCAUUGGAGCUGGCUCGGUUAACUGCUGAUUUUUUUUGGUAUGCUGGAGCUUUAGAGGGUAGUGUUUGUGCCUUGCUGAUUGACAGAAUGGGCCAGAAAGAUCCUGAAUUAGAGGAUGAGGUUAAGUACCGGUACAAUAGUGUAAUCGUGCACUACAGAAAGUCAUUUAUACAGGAUAAUGCUCAAAGAGUUUCGCCCUUAAGCUUUGAACUGGAGGCUACUGUGAAAUUGGCAAGAUUCCUUUGCAGACAAGAAUUAGCUAAGGAGGUAGUGGAGUUAUUGACAACUGCUGCUGAUGGAGCAAAAUCAUUAAUUGAUGCCAGCGAUCGGUUGAUAUUAUACGUUGAAAUAGCUCGCCUGUUUGGAGCUCUCGGUUACCAUCGUAAAGCUGCAUUUUUUUCAAGGCAGGUAGCUCAGCUGUACUUGCAGCAAGAAAGCUCAUUGGCUGCUACAAGUGCCAUGCAAGUUUUGUCAUUGACAACCAAAGCCUAUCGCGUUCAAAGCAAAGCUUCCUUUGCUAACAACUCUCUACCCAAUGGAACUGGAUUACAGCAUACUGAUUCUGGAAAAUGGCAUCAGCAAUCAGUUGUUUCACUGUUUGAAUCUCAGUGGAGCACCCUGCAGAUGGUUGUAUUAAGAGAAAUAUUAUUAUCUGCUGUUCGAGCUGGUGAUCCUCUUGCUGCAUGGAGUGCAGCAGCACGUUUACUUAGAUCUCACUAUCCUCUUAUUACUCCUCCUGGGCAGAAUCGUCUUGCAAGUGCACUUACAAAUUCUGCUGAGAGGCUGCCUUCGGGUACCCGCUGUGCUGAUCCAGCAUUACCUUUCGUAAGGUUGCAUUCUUUUCCUUUACAUCCUUCACAAAUGGACAUUGUGAAACGCAACUCGGGAAGAGAAGAUUGGUGGGCAGGAUCUGCACCUUCUGGGCCCUUUAUCUACACUCCAUUUAGUAAAGGGGAGUCAAAUCAAGGUGGUAAGCAAGAGUUAAUUUGGGUUGUUGGAGAACCGGUUCAAAUUUUAGUGGAAUUGGCAAACCCUUGUGGAUUUGAGUUUAUGGUGGACAGUAUCUACCUUUUAGUCCAUUCCCAAAAUUUUGAUGCUUUUCCAAUCAGUGUGAAUCUCCCACCUAAUUCUUCGAAAGUGAUCACGUUAUCUGGAGUUCCGACUAAAGUAGGGCCCAUCACAAUUCCUGGAUGCAUUGUUCACUGUUUUGGUGUAAUCACUGAGCACGUUUUUAAGGAUGUUGAUAAUUUGCUCCUUGGAGCUGCUCAAGGUCUGGUUAUUUCUGAUCCCUUCCGUUGUUGUGGAUCUGCAAAAUUGAAAAACGUGUCUGUUCCAAAUAUUUCUGUUAUACAACCUCUUCCUUUAUUGGUCUCUAAUGUUGUUGGAGGCGAUGGAGCUUCCAUUUUAUUUGAAGGGGAGAUUUGUGAUGUAUGGAUCAAUCUGGCUAAUGCUGGUACAAUUCUGGUUGAUCAAGCUCACAUAUCUUUAUCAGGAAAGAAUCAAGAUUCUGUUUUAUUCAUUGGCCAUGAAACUCUAAAAUCUGCUCUUCCUCUUAAACCUGGUGCUCAAGUAACUAUACCAGUAAAAUUGAAGGCCUGGCAGCUUGGCUUGCUGGAUUCUGAUAAUUCAAACAAAAGCUUAGCUGGGACUUCUGGAAGACAAGCAAAAGAAGGAAGCAGCCCAAUGCUACUGAUCCACUAUGCAGGGUCUUCUUUGCCUGCAGAAUCACAAUCUAAUGGACCUGCGGUUAUUCCUCCUGGUAGGCGGAUUAUCGUUCCACUCAACAUCUGUGUUUUACAGGGUUUGUCCUUUGUGAAAGCUCGUCUUUUGUCAAUGGAAAUUCCUGCCCAUGUCAGUGAGACUCCUUUCAAAACGGUUUCCCCCAAUGAUGAAGUUAUUGGCACCAUAAACAAGUCAGAUAGUUUAGUAAAAAUCGAUCCUUACAGGGGAAGCUGGGGUUUACGUUUCUUGGAACUCGAGUUGUCGAAUCCAACGGACGUGGUGUUUGAGAUUAGUGUAUCGGUUCAGAUAGAAAAAUGUGAAGACGACGGUUCUUCUGUGGAUGGCGAUUCUGCCGAAUUCCAUUAUCCGAAAACAAGAAUCGACAGGGAUUGUACUGCGAGGGUUCUAAUACCAUUAGAGCAUUUUAAACUGUCGAUUCUCGAUGGUUCAUUUUUCAUGAAGGAAUCUCUGACGAAUGGAGCUGUACCGGGUAGAAGUUUGAGUUUUAAGGAGAGGAACGCAAAAGCUGAACUGAACGCUUCUAUAAGAAAUUUAAUUUCUAGAAUCAAGGUGAGAUGGCAAUCUGGAAGAAACAGCUCUGGUGAAUUAAACAUCAAAGAUGCAUUGCAGGCAGCCCUUCAAACAUCUGUCAUGGAUGUCCUACUACCAGAUCCAUUGACAUUCAGCUUUAGGAUAGCUGAGAAUAAUUGUACAACACGAGAUAUUAGUUCGCCUUCGUCGAAAGGUUCUGUACUGGCACAUGAAAUGACGCCCAUGGAAGUUUUGGUAAGAAAUAACACUAAAGAAAUGAUUAAGAUGAGCCUUAGCAUUAAAUGCAAAGACGUGGCUGGAGAGAACUGCAUUGACGACGAUAAAGCCACUGUCUUCUGGUCUGGUGCUUUAAGUGGAGUGACCAUGGAAGUUCCGCCACUGGAGGAAAUGAAUCACUCUUUUUCUCUCUAUUUCCUUGUCCCUGGUGAGUACACUCUAUUGGCUGCAGCUGUUAUCAAUGAUGCUAACGAUAUACUUAGAGCUCGUGCAAAAGCUGGUUCUCCCGACGAGCCUAUCUUCUGUCGAGGGCCUCCGUUUCAUGUACGUGUAAAUGGGGCGGGUUAGUUAAACAUUUACUCAUCGUGAUUACAUUUGUGAGCAAACCAUUUGAAUCAAUCAAUUAAUCCUUAUAAUUUCUUUAAGUAUGCUUGGUAUGUAAAAGGACAAAGACCAUUUUUCUUAUGGGAUGGUUAUGGUUGGUAUUGUUAUGUGGUUAGGAUGAUAUUUUAUGUGUGAUGUUGGUAUUUUGAUAUAUUUUUAAGGAAUUUCAUUA